GCCCAUCAGACUGGAGAAUGAGGAUCUCUGUAGCGCUAACAGCUAUCCUGACUAACCUCUUCUUAGGAAAUGUGUGCUCAGCUAUAAAUGUCACUGUCACACCGUCUCCGUUCAGUGUGGUGGCUGAGGGGGAAAACAUCACCCUGUCCUGUCAGGUGAGCCAGCGGCGGCGGUCGACGAGUCUUCCUGUGGUGCGGUGGAUGUUUCAGCCGGAGUCAGGAGGAGAGGAGCUGCUGGUAGCACGGGUGAACAUGCGGAGAGCCAAAUUCUACGGAAACUACACCAAGAGCUUCUGCAAGCCCAAAAUUAAACUGACAGUGGUGAAACAGGGCAAGAUAUACAACCUCCUCAUCAUGAACAUCAGCACACAGGACAGGGGUCUUUACAGCUGCAGGGUCCAGGAGUUCAAGAAGCAUCAUGAACGAUGGAAAGCUUCGACCAACAGCUCGGCCUCCACGCAGCUCAGAGGUUUGUCCAUAUGUUGUUGUGAGAAGGGUUGGAAAUCAAUGGGUCAUUGCAGCAAAAAUGCCACCAAAAAUGCCCCUCAAAUUUAA